AUGGCUACCAAAGUGACAGCUACUCGAAAUGGCCAGACAAGCACUAAAAACAUUGGUGCGCCCAACCAGACGUUGUACAUAAAAAAUCUACCGGACAAGAUUCAAAAACCAGACAUCAGGAUGGCGCUAUACACCCUCUUUGCAACAUAUGGUCCUAUUCUGGACGUUGUGGUCAUGAAAACGGUCAAGAUGCGAGGACAGGCACACAUAGUCUUUCGGGACAUCCAAGCUAGUACUCAAGCUCUGCGUGCUCUUCAGGGAUUUGAUUUCUUCGGGAAAGAGUUGGUAAUUGCAUAUGCCAAAGGGAGCUCCGAUGUCAUUGCGAAGCUUCGCGGCACCUACAUGGCAACAAGCGCCGCAGCAAAUGCACCCGCAGGAUUGUCAACCGACUUACAAAAAUCUAUUUUUGGCGCUCCACCCUCUACAACGGUCGGUAUUAAGCGUCCUCGCGAGGAAGAGAGCGACGAGGGCGAGGCACCUAUGGAUGAGGAUGAGAGUGAUGUCUCAAUGGAAGCAUCAUCGGAUGAAGACUAA